GGGGAAUUUAUAAGCUGCGCAAUAUCGAAAAUUAUCGAAACAUAAAGCACCAGAGAAAAAUCACUCAAAACGUUGCAGAGUGUUGAGUUGAACAAAAGUUUCAUUCUCCAUUCAAUUGAAAAACUAUUCAAUCAGCAAAAUGCAGGGCCUGAGUUUCAGUAGUCUCAAAAAACACCCAUCUUUAAUUCCAAUCUAUGUCUGUGUCUUUGCUGGAUUAGUUGGAUCUGUUGGUUAUUUGGUACGUUUAGCUACCAAAAGUCCUGAAGUAACUUGGCUUCCAAAAAAAAAUACAGAACCAUGGGAAGCUUACAAAGAGCGCAACUACAAGCUUUACGCUACUCCUGAAUAUGAACAACAAAUCAAAUCAUUCAAACCUCCCAGUUACUAAUAAGUUAUCAUCGAGUUGAUAAAGUUUAAAUAAAUAAGUAUGAAGAUAUAUCUAAUGUAGUAUCAUUAUUAAAUAAUAAUUUGCAUCAUUCAGUCAUCAAUUGAUAACUAUGAUGUAUUAAAACCA